AUGGACGAGCAUUUGGAAAGAGUAGAGAGUUUUGCUGAGGCUGCAGAGGUGAAGAAAAGGGAGAUAGACCUAGCCGGGCUGAAGGAGCUAAGUAAGAUGACACAGAAGGUGGGCGGUGACGUAAAGUUAUUAUCCUCGAAAAGGGUCAUGGAAAAUGUGGAAAAGAAGACCAUUACCUACAAGGUGUACUUAGUGGAGAGUAGGAAGGUGGAGCGGAUGGUGAUGGAAAAAGUAGAAAAAGAAUUGAAGGGGCUUUCGAAAGAAGUGACAUACAUAGCGAAAGGAAAUGGAUAUGGGACAAUAGUUGUCCAGUUUAGGACAGUGGAGGAAGCAAAGAGGCUGGCGAGUACAACGGUGAGAACGGAGGAAGUAGUACUUCUACCUACGUACCUUGGAAGAAAGACUUCCAAGGUGAGGGUAGAAGGAAUCCCACCCGAUAUAGAAGUGGCCUGGGUUGCACCAGCCGUCCUCGUUGGUAAUGAGGAGGAGGUGGCUGUCCUCCAAGCCACAGAGACAAAGGAAGGAGGAUAUAGAGGGAAAACAUUAGAAAUCAUCAUACAAGCGGAGGCGAAGCAGCUGGAAAAUUUGGCGGAGACGGUGACGUUGGGAGAAAUAGUAUUGAGAAACGAUAAAGUUUUGUGUCUGAUCUGUCGUAAAAUCGGUGCCUGUUUGAAAGAAUAUAAUAUUAAACGGCAUUACAAUUCACACCACAAAUCUUAUAACAUGUUAGUAGGCGAUGAACGGAAUAUGAAGCUAGAAUUACUUUUGAAAGAUAUUGCUGAUCAAACAUUUGUUUUCCAAACUGCCCAAAACGAAGUAUCAGUCUAUGCUAGUUAUGUUCUUGCUUAUGAACUUGUCAGGAGUGCCAAACCGUUAUCCGAAGGUGAAUUUCUUAAACAAUGCAUGAUGAAAAUAGUGGACGUUGUUAUUCCUGAUAAAAAACAACUUUUACAAGAUAUCGAUAUGUCGAAUAUGACAAUGUUCCGCAGAAUUAUUGAUGUGGCUGAAGAUCUUCGAAAACAACUUCAAACGCAUUCUCAGAGUUUUGUAGCUUAUUCUAUUUCCUUAGAUAUUUGUAACGAUAUUAGUGAGACCCCACAACUUUUGGUUUUCAUUCGAGGAGUUUUAGAGAAUUUUGAUAUUCAUGAAGAAUUGCUUUCUGUAGAAAAUCUGUCAGAAAAAGCUACAGGGAUUGAUAUAUUUCACGCCACAUGCCGGGCUUUAAAUGCAAACAAUAUGAAUUGGGAACUUUUGGUAGGGGUCACUACAGAUAGUGCACCAGCUAUGAUUGCAGCAAAAUCUGGUGCUGUUGCUUUAUUAAGCCAAAAAAUGAAGCAAAAAUAUGGCAUGAAUUUAAUCCAUUACCAUCGUGUUAUUCCUCAAGAGACACUUAUUAGCAAUGUUCUUUUAAUGGAUAAUGUUAUAAGUGUUGUUGUCAAGUGUGUAAACCUGUUAAGAAGUGAAGUUCAUGAACAUAACAGGUUUAAAGGUUUCCUGGAAGAUUGCAAAGCAGAAUUUGGUGAUGUCUAUUUUUCUACAGAUAGAUGGGUCAGCAAUUAUUCUUGUCUCAAACGCUUUUUUUCUUUAACAAAUGAAAUCAAAGAAUUUCUGUAUCAAAAAGAUCACGAGUUAGUAAAUAUUAUGGACAGCAACUGGAUGUGUGAUUUGGCCUUUUUGGUUGAUAUUUCAUCUGUUUUAAAUGAGUUAAACACACAACUUCUUGGAAAUGGUAAAUUUGCUACAACACUUUUUGAAUAUACCAAAGAAACUGGAAAAAAACUCCAAAUUCUACAGGAGCAGCUAAAAGAUAAAAAUUUGACUAAUUCUGCAACCUGCAAACUGCUAUUAGAUGAUGGCUUCAAAGUCUAUAAAGGUGAAUGUAUUGUUCUGGAUAAGAGUUGCACAAUUCUAGAAACAUUUUCUUCUGAAAAAUAUACCCAAAUUCUUCAACGUGCUAUAGAUUUUUUGGACUUACAGGAGCAUUCACAAGCUUUAGAUAUUUUUGAAAAUCCCUUUACUGUAGAACCAGAAACUGCACCAACAAUCUUUCAAUUAGAACUUAGAGAAUUGCAGGAUGAUUCCAAAUUUAAUUAUCCUUUCUGCGAAAAAAGUCUCAUUAAUUUUUAUGAAGAACUUUCUGCUAAACAAUAUCCUAAAUUACGCCAUCAUGCCCAACAAAUGACUUCUUUGUUUGGAAGUACAUAUAUAUGUGAGAAAACUUUUACCAUGAUGAAUUUAAAUAAUAAUAGUUCCUUGUUUAAAACUAAGUUUACCGAAACUUAUCACCAUCCAUAUUUACGUGUUCUAACUUCAAAUUACUGUCCUAGAAUGGAACACAUCUUAGAAAAAAAAUCAUCUUCCAUCAUAUCAGGAGAUUAUGUUUAUUUUUCAUAA